AUGACUAGUGACGAUCAGUUUUUUUUCGACUAUCUUGCGUCCGUUCCCCAUGACGUAAGAAGAUAUGCGAACUCUGUGGCCGAGGCCAUUGACCGACACGUCGACCACGUUGCGGACGCAGUUCGAGAUACGCUUUCGCAUCAAUCAUGGCUGCCUCCAAGUGUCAGGCCAUCACCAAUAGUUCGUCAUUUCUCAUCGCGGCCGCAAUCACUAUAUGAUCGCGUGCACAGCUGGGUUAUACAGAACCGAGCAUGGAGCGCCGCUAUCCUAGCGUUCGUGGGCACGACCGGUGUCCUGUAUCUUGGUGAUAAAAAGUUGAGGACCAAGCGACGGAAGGCAAAGCGAUCUGCUAAUGGUGCCCGGAAGGAGAUAAUAGCUGUUGCUGGGUCGCCGCAUGAGCCGAUGACUAGGUCAAUAGCGGCGGAUUUGGAUCGCCGCGGGUAUAUCGUCUAUAUCACUGUGUCGUCUGCAGAAGAAGAACACCUUGUUCGGGCAGAGAAUCGCCCUGACAUCAGGCCUUUGUGGCUAGAUUUGACAACACUCCCGUCAUCGCCAUCGGAGAUACACUCUUCUUUGAAUGAGAUUCACAGCCUGAUUACUCAACCGCACGCCCCCAUGGCUGGAGUGCCACCGCAUGUCUGCCAGUUGAGCGGACUUAUACUAGUCCCUUCGCCAAAGUUCGUAGCGGGACCAGUUGCUACGAUUCCACCAUCAUCGUGGGUCGAUACUAUUAACACACGCCUUCUCUCGCCUAUUUUAACCACCCAGCUCUUUCUACCGCUUCUUACCCUGCGCAACACCAACAGCACUAUAAUUCUUGUAUACCCGUCCAUAUCUUCAUCCCUCUCAGCGCCUUUUGCUGGACCUGAAGUGGCCACAGCCCGCGCUCUGUCAGGCUUUGCGACAUCCCUGCGAAGGGAAUUAAGUCUUUUGCAGCACCACAAUAUUGACUUGGUGGAGUUGAAACUUGGGAAUAUCGACCUUGGGCCACAGUACCGGGCCCCCAAUAGCCAUAUCGCAGGAACCGAAGUCCUCACUUGGAGCGUUCAACAGCGGGCUCUUUACGGACCACAAUAUCUCAACAGCAUUGAACAAAAACCGGUAGCCUCAGCUGGACCUGGUUACAUACGGGGAUCGCCUGCUAGGGCGCUUCAUAAUGCGCUGCUUGAUGCCUUGGAACCCACAUCUAAGAAUAUUUUUGGACAGCGGACAGCGAAGAAGCCUGUCAGAUACGCUGGAAGAGGCGCGCGGACUUAUCAUUGGAUCGGACAGUGGACGCCCCCUGGAUUAGUGGGUUGGAUGUUAGGCCUGCGAAAAGGCCACGCAUCUCCUGUCGAGAGGGCUAGCGAGAGUGGCAGCGAGACUGGUUGGGAAAAAGUUGACCAGUAGAGACUUGGGCUAACCACGACUAUAAUCAGACUGUGCUUGAGAGUACAUCUAAUA